AUGGUUAGCCAAAAAUUUUGCACAGGUGUAGUGCAAAUGAAAAUGAGUUUCAUUAAUGAAACACUUCAAUUGUUACAGGACAAAUGGUGGAAGAGACUGAAACAGAGCUAUGAGGGUCGUGCAUUCCAUAAUCUUGAGCAUUUAUGUGAAAUGCUGAAUUUGUUCGAGGAGUAUAAGGAUAAACUUCGUGACCGUUACGCUACUGCAUUCGCGAUCUUCUUUAUUCAUGCCGUGAACGAUACAAAAUUAACGGAUAAUGCUGAACGAAGUGCACGAUUGUUUCGCGAGUUUUCCUCUGAAACAACGAUUGAUUCGGAGAAUUAUGUGGCGAAUUUGAUUGUGGAAAGCGGCAAGAACUGUACGGAUGCACACAUGACUGAGGGUCAAUUCGGUGAAGAUGAUUUGCAUUUUUUGUUGGAUUUCGAUAUGGCAUUCCUGGGGUGUGAUACGCAGAAGUAUGAAUCGCACGUUGAGAAUAUCCGCAAGGAGUACACACAUUUGAGUGAUGAAGAUUACACUGAUCAGAGACUUAAGAUUCCGAAUAUAUUUGCAACCAAAGAACUACGUGAACGCUUCGAAGCACAGGCACGACGGAACAUUGCCCAUGAAAUUGAGCUUCUCUCCAAAAAGUGA